AUUGUUCAAUGCAUGCUGGCGUCCUGUGUGCAAUACUUUGGAACCGCAGGGUUGUUACAUUGAAUAAUUUCGCUCAUCGGACUCAUUAUGACUUCUCGCUUGCGUGUUCGUACCUUGCGGAGUGAGAGAAUACCCGCGGCAGACGAACGUGCCUUAAACUAUUCUUUUGCACCCUUUCAAAAUGGCAGCUCCGAGUUUCGCCACUGAUUCAAAAGAGAUUCCGGAUGAAGUGAAGGAAGGUGAACUGACUAGAGUGGAUACUAAAAAGCGAGGAGAAUGGACCAAGAAGAUUGAUUUUUUCCUGGCUCUCUGCGGGGCAUCGAUUGGACUUGGAAAUGUAUGGCGGUUCCCUUAUCUUUGUUAUAAGCAUGGAGGAGGAGCUUUCUUGGUGCCUUACUUCCUGAGUCUGUUAAUAGGGGGUAUUCCCCUCCUUAUCAUCGAGAUUGGAUUAGGUCAAUUCACAGGACAAGGACCAGUUACAGCAUGGGGUAUGAUAUCACCCCUUUUCAAAGGAAUCGGAGUCGCUGGCCUGGUCAUCCAGGCCCUCCUGGACAUGUACUACGCGGUCGUCAUGGCUUGGGGCAUCUACUAUCUCUUCUGGUCGUUCAGAGCCGUUCUUCCCUACUCGACGUGCGACAACCACUGGAACACUCCCUGCUGCUUUGCUACGAACGCCGAGACGAACGCGACCACGUCGUCGGGCGAUUACAACACGACGUACGAGUUGACCACAGACACGAUGUUUAAUGCGAGUGACGAGUGUGGCAACGAGUCCGCCUCGGCUACUGUGGAGUUUUGGAAUCGUAAGGUUCUUCAGAUUCAUUUAUCAGAUGGGAUCCAUGAUAUAGGAGCAGUCAAUUGGCAACUUCUACUAUGUCUGUUCUUUGCUUGGAUCCUCAUCUACCUAUGCGUAUGUAAAGGGGUUAAAACAUCAGGAAAGGUCGUGUACGUGACUGUUCCUUUACCAUAUAUAUUACUUACCAUCCUCCUAAUAAGAGCUGUGACCUUACCCAAUGCGGUGGACGGAAUUGUUUUCUACCUCAAACCAAACAUCACAAAGCUUCAGGAAAGUCAGGUGUGGCUAGACGCAGGUACUCAAAUAUUUUAUUCAAACUCACUUGGUCACGGUGUUCUGGUUGCCCUUGGAAGCUUCAACGCGAGAAACCAUAAUUUUGUUCGAGACACGCUAGCAUACGCUGGAAUAGGCUGUGGAACCAGUUUGUUUUCUGGUUUCGUUAUAUUCGCUGUGCUUGGUUUCAUGGCUGGAGAACAGGGUAAAUCAGUCGCUGAGGUUGCAAGUUCAGGUCCUGGUCUUGGUUUCAUUGCGUACCCCGAGGCCAUCACCCAGAUGCCAAUCUCUACUCUCUGGGCUGUCCUUUUCUUCAUUACCCUACUUCUGGUUGGAAUUGAUAGUCAGUUUGUAUGCGUCGAGGGUUUCAUCACCACCGUCGUUGAUUUGUUUCCUAAGACCCUCCUACGAGGUCGACGUCGAGAGAUCUUUACCGCGGUCGUCUGCUUCGUUCUUUGUAUGUUAGGUAUCCCCAUGGUGACACAUGGUGGAAUGUACAUUUUUCAACUCUUUGAUUAUUAUGCUGCCAGUGGCUUCGUGCUUCUCUGGGUUGCCAUGUUUGAAUAUGGAGUCAUUGGAUGGGUUUAUGGUGGAAGACGUUUUAUGAGUGACAUAACUGAAAUGACUGGAGUACGUUGGAUAGGACCAUACUUGCUUUUUACCUGGAUGUUCGCCUCACCACUCUUUGCUGCUAUAAUAUCUAUCUUCAGUCUGGUUGCGUACGAGCCUUUGAAGUAUGAGGAUGUGUAUACCUAUCCGUGGUGGGGAUACAUGCUUGGUAUGAUCAUGAUAGUGUCAUCUCUUAUAAACGUACCCAUCUUCAUCUUCUAUCAAUUCAUCUUCAAGAGUCAAGGUUCUAUCAAAGAGCGCUGGACCGUAUUGACUACUUCCAGGGUGCCUGCAUAUACAUGUACGUCAUCAAUAGAUGAGAAAGACAUUAACCUUGGAAAACCGUAAAAGAUGAUGUGUAAAUUUUAUAUGAAAUUCGGCCCAUAAUCUAGAAAUAUUUCUUAAGGCCAUCGCAUACCUUACGAUUGGUCUGCGAUCAGAUUUUGGAAUAAAACGUUCUAGAAUUUGAUGAUAAAAUUGAGACUUGGAAUAUCUUACUGUAUAAUGUUCUAAAAAUCUAAAUCAUCGUACGAAUACCUAUCUUUAAAUCUGUGAAUAUGCAUGUAAUCAUAAAAGCGAUUUUUAAUAUCUAGUCUUAAUGAUUUCAUAACAAUCGUACGAUUGGCUCGAUUGGACCUUUACUAAAAACAAAGGCUUAUAAUCAUUCAAAUAUGUUGUAUUAGUAUUCUUACAUACCAUUUGAGCCUUUAAUAUACUUUUUAUUCACAUUUUCUGAAAAUAAGCAAAAUUCGAUUGUUCCAAAAUCGGAUCUUGGAUUAGUCGUAAAGUGCGCGGUGGCCUCUAAGUGUCAGGAGGAAUGAUGAAGCGAUCCCGAAAAUCUUCAUAAAUUAUACUGACAAGUUCAUGCGAAGACCUUAAAACAAAAUGGCUGUUAUCUUUCCGAAAAAAAACAACAACGCAUAAUUAUGUCGCCCGCAGAGAGAUAUAAUACACAGUGCAUGAAACUUACGCCCAAGAUCGUUCAGUGAGUCGAAAAGUUUCUUUUGGAAGAUCAGCGAAACACAAAUGCCUCUCUCCGUUUUGGGUUAUGUUGAUUGGUCAUGACUUGUGUUAGCACGUGACUUUAUUGUGACCAAUCGAACUUGGAAGAAUCAAAGUAGUAUGCGUAACUCUUAUGCCGACAAUAUCCUGGGAUUGCAUCAUAAUCAUCUGAUAGGAGCCCUUUUUGCGUAUUUUGUUUGUAUAUUCGUUAAAUUCGAAGAAGAAGAAAAAGAAGAAGAAU